AUGAUACUGAGGCUUCUUCUUCUCCUGUUCUUGCAAGGAAUUAGAAGAACUUCAUCAGAUCCUUACUGUGUCCAUCAGAUCAGAACCAUCAGAGUGACUGGGGGAGGUUCAGUUACCAUCCCCUGUACUUUCACUUAUAACAGGAACACAUAUAGGGAUGGGGAGUCAGAGUGGGGGGUCGGUACCAGGAGGUACUGUGCAGAUUCUGACACUCGCUAUGGUUUAUUAUCCAUAAGUGAAUACUCUGGGAGAAUCUCCAGGCCGGACCCUCCCUAUGGGAACAAUUCAGCAUCAAUCACUAUCCACAGGCUGCGCCCAACUGAUGGGCCAGUGAUCUGCUGCAGAGUACUGUUAUCUGGAGAAGGUCUAACUACCUAUCCCUUGUACAGUACAUAUGGGACCCUGCUGCUCUUUUCUGAACCUGCCCAGAUCUCUGUGGAACAGUUGGAUGUGAUUCCUGCCCUCCCAGGAGAAACCAUCACUAUCCCCUGUUAUGUACAUUACCCUCCCGGUGCCAGUGAGAGAGGGCAGAGCGUUACCUGGAGAAAGGGGCGAGAUGCAUUCUGUAGUUAUGAUCAGACAUUGGAUACACGAGAUGGAGCCGGUCGUUUCUCAGUGAUGGAUUCCCCUACUGAUGUCUCCCUGAGCAUUAACAGAGUCCGGAGAGAAGAUUCAGGAUAUUACUGCUGCAUUGUGGGAAAACACAUUGAAUCUGGCACUGAGCUGGUUAUUGAAGAUCCCAGCACCCAACCAGAAUUGCAGGUCCAUCAGUCCCAUAAUGCCGCAGUGCCAGAAGGAGGCUCAGUCACCCUCAGCUGCACAUUUCAUCCCACAGAGACACCAUUGUGGGCCUGGAUUUACUGGAGAGUGGGGAGCCCCUCAGGGGAUUAUGCCUAUCACCCCAACAAACAAAUGGUUCAUUCCAGUUAUAAGGGAAGAACAGAGCUCAGAGGGCCGGCACAUCUCCAUAUAGAGGGGGUGCAGAGAAAUGAUUCAGCCACAUAUUAUUGCAUAGUGAUCUUACAGUAUUGUGUGGACCUUCCUGAACACAAAUCAGUUACAAGCCAUGGGCACGGGACUAGACUGGAUGUGACAGCUAUCACUUGGUGCCCUCUAUUUCAGUCUCUGUUUUGA